AGAAAAUAAUUACGACGAAGUAAUAAAGAUUUCAAUUUCAUCAUCAUCGUCUCGGAGGCCAAAGGGCAAUCCCACAACCAUGUACGGCGGACCUUCCUCCAAAUUAGGCCGCGGCGGCGGCCCAAAACGUCUCCGCAAUUCAUUCCCCCCUCCUCCACGUCACCGUCCACCUUCCUCCGCCAAUUCUCGUCUCUCCCUCGGUGGCUCCGCCAAUAAACCGCCACCGGCGGUGGAGGAAACUUUCAGCUUUGUAUCUGGAAACAAUCCCCCCGCUUUCUCUAUGAUCAUAAGACUUGCUCCAGACCUUGUUGAAGAGAUCAAGCGCGUGGAAGCACAAGGUGGCACUGCGCGUAUGAAAUUUGAUCCUAACCCAAAUAAUCCCAAUGGAAAUAUUAUUGACUUAGGUGGGAAGGAGUUCAGAUUUACGUGGUCGAGGGACGGUGAUCUAUGUGAUAUUUAUGAACAGCGCCAAAGUGGUGUAGAUGGAAAUGGGUUGCUUGUUGAAUCUGGGUGUGCCUGGCGCAAAGUGAAUGUACAACGUAUCUUGGACGAGUCAACUAAGAAUCGCGUCAAAAUGCGGUCCGAGGAAGCCGAACGCAAGCUGAAGUCACGCAAUUAUCCUUUGAAAGCAGAUAACGCGGACGUUGGAUCUCAAAACAACUUGACAGAAAUGAGUACCAAAUUUAGAAAUAGUGAAUCCGGGGUGAGCCAUGAUAUUGAUUUGGAUGGUCGCAGGGAAAGCAACAGAAGAGUGCCAGCAAAUGGUUCUAAGCAAGGCACAAAACGUGGAAUGGUUUCCUCCCCUGUGAAAGAAAGUAAAAGACGAAGACCUAAUUCAGGUGAAGAGGUGCCUGAAGGAAGAAAGGAUUCAGUAUUUGUAGAUAGAAGUAAUGGUGACCAAAAGAAGAGAGAAUCCUCCUCAGACGAAAAUAGUUGCUCUUAUUCAAAGUUUGAAAAGGAGGAACCUGAAUUAAAGGGACCUAUAAGGACUUUCUCCCAAUAUAAAGAAUAUGCGCAGGAGUACCAGGAUAAAUAUCAGAGUUACCUCUCCUUGCGCAAGAUUUUGAUGGAUUACACGGAUGAGUUUAACAAACUAGGUGUUGAUUUAGAAAAUGCUGAAAGAAGUGGGAAUCAGGAUAGAUAUGAUGGCAUUGCAGCACAAAUUAUGGAAUCUUAUAGGCGAUGUGGAUCGAGACACAUGAGACUGAAGAAAAUAUUUCUUGUGAUUCAUGAAGAACUGCUGAGUGCCAAGCAAAGCAUCAAAGACUUUGCUGAUUGGUAUAGAUAUACAGACUGGAAAUACAAGAUUACUAUAUUUGUUAGAUGAAUUGUUGUGCAGAUUUGUAUGUGCACUAGUUUUGGUAGAAAUUUGGGUAGAACCUCAUAUUUGUGCAUAAAUAAAUGUAUUUUAAUUUAUGCAUAGGUCAGACAUUUCUUUGGCUUAGCCUUUUACAUCUGGAUAAAUGUUGUAUUGCUUUUCUUGUCAAACAAAUUUAGCUUGCUUCAACAUCCACAUUGUUGGAGAAUUUUGUGACUGAUAUUUCAAGCUUUGUUGAACUUAUGUUUGGUCACUAACAUGGUCAUUUGUUGCCAAUAAAGUAAGGAAUUAUUAUUAUUAUUAU